CUUACCUACCCUCAGUUGCUUUUCCUACAGUGAAACUCUCUUCGGUCAUGGAGGAAGGGAGAUUGGUAGUGGAAGAGUUCGCGCAUAGUCCGGUGCACUACGCAGUGGCGAUGGGCGACUCGGUCUCUCUAGGUCGCCUCCUCGCGUCACUCCCCUCCCUGGCGCACCCUUCCGAGAUACGCACGGAGGCCGACUCCGCACGCGAGGAGCACCUCGCCGCGGAGAUCGCCGCCGUUCUCGAUCGCCGUGAUGUGCCUCGCCGCGAUACGGCCCUCCACCUGGCGGUCCGUCUAGACCGCACUUCUGCGGUCGCUGCGCUCGCGAACGCCGGCGCGGAUCCGUCACUCCAGAACGCAGCCGGGUGGACGGCCCUUCAAGAGGCGCUCUGCCUCCGGAGACGCCGCCUUGCACUGAUGCUUCUCCGUCAUCACAGGAGAUCUGCGUGGGCCAAGUUCCGCCGCCGCCUUCCGCCACUACUCGUAGCCCUCCGCCGUGUUUCGGACUUCUACUUAGAACUGGAGUUCCACUUCGAGAGUCCGCUUCUCCCUUUUCUUCCUCGUGUUGCCCCCUCCGACACUUACCGCAUCUGGAAGCGGGCAACCGACCUCCGUGCCGACACCUCUCUCGCCGGUUUCGACGGCCUCCGUAUCCGUCGAUCUGACCAGUCCUUCCUGUUCCUCGGCACCGGCACGGGCUCCACCGUUCCCCCGGGAUCCCUCCUCGUUCUGCACCGAGGUCGGAGGGAGGUGCGCGAUGCGUUUGAUGGCGCCGAAGCGGCUGCUCCGGCUGCUGACGAAGCCGACAUUGUUGCUGAUGCUAGCGCCUAUCGUCCAGGCCUCGACAUCACGGCUGCGCAGUUGGUCAGCAGGACCAACUGGCGAAGGCGAGAGAAGAUAGAGAUGGUCGGUGAGUGGAAAGCCAGGGUUUACGAGAUCCACAAUGUCGUCUUCAGCUUCAAGACAAUGAAGGCUUGUGCAGAAGAGGGCGAGAAUGACGGUGAUGACGGACAAAAUCUCGUUGUGCCCCUCGACCUCCAUGAGGAUGACGAUGAGGGCUUCUUGGUGGCGGAGAUCCCAGAGAUGCCUCCGCGGCACAGCUGCUAUGAGCCGAGGGUUCGGGAGAGGGAAGAACUCGGACAGACGGCUAGGAGGAGGAGUGUGGACGUGCGGCUGCGGGAAGAGGUCAAGGAGUGGGCAAGACCAGCGAGGAGGAGCGUGGACGUGCGGCUGCGGGAAGAGGACAAGGAGUGGGCGAGACCAGCGAGGGCGAAGGCUGGGAGGAAGAAGGAGAAGGAAAUGGUGAAAAGCUUGCUGCCGGUUGUGUGGCUGACUGAAGACUUCCCACUGAAGCUGGAGGAACUGAUGCCUUUGCUGGAUAUACUUGCUAACAAAGUGAAGGCAGUGCGCCGCCUCCGGGAGUUGCUGACCACUAAAUUUCCCCCCGGAACUUUUCCGGUUAAGGUUGCCAUUCCAAUCUUACCAACUGUGAGGGUGGUGGUUACAUUCACCAAGUUUGCCUAUCUAACACAAUCUGAACAGUUUUUCACACCACUCUCAAGCCCAAGACUCUUGCCUGUUCCAGAAGAUGAGGAGAAUCACAAAAUUGACACCCAUAAGAGCUCUUGGCUAAGGUGGAACUCCUCUUCAACCAAAACAUCUGUCAAUCGAUCAAAAUCAGUGAACACUUCUCAAGUGAUUGACCACAUUGACCCAUUCGACAUCCCAACCAAUUACAAAUGGGUUAGUAUCCACACGAAAAGCCAGAAUAGUAGGACCAUGAAGCCAAAGAAGGGAAAGCAGAUGGCAUAACUGACAGGAUGAUGCUUGUGGAGACUGGAGAGAGAUGGUGCAACUUGCACAAGAAAAUGUAAUUUAGUUCAAUCCCAUCAGAUCGUUCUCGCUAAUACUAACUUAAGGAUGUGUUACCCUCGGUUUUAUCUUGAUAUGGCUAUUGAAUUGUUGGUUUGAUGUUUUAUGUCUCGGGAUGUCUAGUGAGCUCUAGUGAGCUUGUUCUGUUGCUUGAGAUUUUAUAGAAAAUCUGCAGUUUUUGUGCUCAAAUGUAUGAACCAUGGAUUUGGCUUCUCAUAAUAUUCAUGUAGGAGGCUGAUUUGGGCGGGCA